AGCCGCGUUUUGAUUUUGUAACAGUUUGGAGGAAUUUGUAUUUAUUAAUUUUUAAAUUAAACUAGCAAGAUGCAAAGUCUAACGCGUUUGCUGAGCUCGACCUUGAGCCUGCAGUCGCCGCCCCGCAUGGCGUCGGUGGGCGUGGCCCUGCAGCAGCUGCGCGGCAAAACCAAGGUGGUGGAGAAACCGAAACCAGGUGCCGGCCAGCAAUUCCGUCGAACCGUCCACUUUCCGGAGGAGUACACGGUGGAGCCGCUGAAGAUCACUCACUUGGCUGGACGGGAUCCCGUCUCCGGUCGCCUGGUGGCCAAGGGCAUCGGCGGGGGGCUGAAGCAGCAGUAUCGGUGGGUCAAAUGGGUGCGCGACGGACCCACGGAGAGUGCCCAGGAGGAACUGGUGCUGGAGGUGAUUCGCGACGGCUGUCGCACCGCCAAAGUGGCCCUGGUGGCCGUCGGCGAUGAGCUCAAGUACAUCCUGGCCACCGAGAACAUGAAGGCGGGCGAUAUCCUCAAGACCUCGCGAUUUAUUCCCAGGAUUCCGGUGCGUCCCAACGAAGGCGAUGCGUAUCCAUUGGGCGCCCUGCCCGUGGGCACCCGCAUCCACUGCCUGGAGAAGAAUCCCGGCCAGAUGUGCCACCUCAUUCACGCCGCCGGCACCUUUGGCACCAUCCUGCGCAAGUUCGACGACAAGGUGGUGGUGCAGCUGCCCUCCAAGCGGGAGUUCGCCUUCCAGCGCACCUGCAUGGCCACCGUGGGGCGGCUGUCCAAUCCGGACCACAACAAGGAGCAUGUGGGCAGUGCCCAGAAGAUGCGCGAGAUGGGCAACCGGCCGCGUUCCGGUCUGUGGAAGCGCAAGGAGGGAAAGCAUGGUCGCAAGAUACGCCGCCUGCCGCCCAUGACCACCAUUUCGCCACCGGCGCCGCCCAAGGAGGAGGCCAUCAAGUUGACGCUGCCCCUGUGAGGAGGAGCUGGCUUUAAUUUCUAUACGUGUGUCACACAAUAUAUACAACUAGAACUAGA